AUGGAUCUAAAUGAACAAGGUAUCCUUCUUUCUGCUCCGUUACGAGCAUUUAUUGCUGAUGAUUUAAUUGAAUCGUUAAAUCAAUGGAUUCCGUCAACAACAACAACAACAACAACAACAAAUUUAGAUUUAUUCUUAUCUAAAUUGAAAAAUGAAAAUGAAUAUGCACCAUUUGGAGAACAAAUUUUAUCAUGUGAGUUAAAUGGAGAAAAGUCUACGUCAUAUUUAAUAAAUCGUGUUAAUCAAAAUUUUUGUGAUGAUAAAAAUUCAUUGAAUGCUGAAGAUCCAUCAGAUGAAUUUGUUGCAUUACGUGAUCUUGUUGCGUUAGAAUUAUGUCACAAAUAUUUACCUGAUUUCUUUUCAAAAGAAGCAAGUAUUAAAAUGAAUCGCUUAACAAAGGAAAUGAUUGAUAAAGCACCAGAUAUUUCUAAAUUAACAAAACAAGAAACACGACGUGUUCAUGUAAUGUGUUUUUAUCAAGCAAUCAAUGAAAAUGAUGAAAAAAAAAUGAAACGUUUUCGUUUACUUGUCAAACAACGUCUUUUUGAACCACUACAAUUUGAUAAACGUCGUCGUCUUCGAUCGGCAGAUCCAGCACUAGAAGCAUUGGCAACAGAUCCAGAAAAACGGAAAAAAUAUUCAGCUACUCAAUAUGAAUAUGUUCUCGAACAUUAUGAAAAUAUUCUUCGAGCAUUUGACAAAUAUCAAGAUAGAUUAUAUAACUGA